AGCGGGUGCCGCGCGAUGAUCGGGCAGGUCGCGGGCGGAGGGCGGACGGAGAAGCCCCUUCUGAAGGCCGGGAAUGCGUACCACAAGUUCAGGGUCAAGCGCAACUGCUGGCCCAAGGUGCGCGGCGUGGCCAUGAACCCUGUGGACCAUCCCCACGGAGGAGGUAACCACCAGCACAUUGGCCAUCCUGGCACCGUUUCCCGCCGCGCGCCGCCCGGCCAGAAGGUCGGUCUCAUUGCCGCCAAGAGGACUGGACGGCUCAGGGGACAGGCUGCUGCCGCUGCUGCCAAGCCCGACAAGUCUACCUAA